GAAAUAUUUUUCCGGUCGCCUUCGGAGAAAAACACAAUUGACAAUUGUUUAAAAAUAUACUUAACUUUUGAAUAUGAAUGACAAAGAGAUUGAGUGGCAGUGAUAUGAUAUUUAAUUCGUAUCAGGAUAAACUCGUCUCGGCGCAUCUUUACGCCUCUCAAACUAGCUUUAUCUUAGCCUGCUACCUUAGAAUGCUAGCUGCAAACAGGGACGCGGAAGUUAGCGUCACAUGCUAAGAAGAGAUUGAGUGUGAGUUUUAAGUGUUGCGAUUGAGUGAAAAUGUGCGACAGAACUAUAGCAGAGUACGAGGAGGAACUUUCUCCAACAAAAGAGGAGACCGAGCGACAACGUCAACAGCUGGACGCUGUUUUCAAGCAACACAGAACAGUUUUGGGGGCUUCCCAAAGUGUGUCUACCAUAAGAUGCUGGAACGCACAUAUAUUUUCCAGAGGUACUGAAAGAGUCCUGUCGAUCACCCAGUACUGAAGUGGAUCAUUCAGAGGCCUAUGAAGAAGAACAAGUACAUAGGUGAAGAAGAUCUUCCCUCUGAGCAGCAGGAGUGGAGCUCCGGGGUGAAGCAGGAGGAGAGACAGCCCCCCCACAUUAAAGGGGAAAAAGGGAAGCCAGAGCCCCCACACAUUACAAAGGAAGAGCCACAGCCCACACACAUUAAAGAGGAAGAGGAGGAACACAGCAUCAGUCAGGAGGGAGAGCGUCUCAAAGAGCUGGAGGAGUUCCCAGUGAUUCGUGUCAUUGUGAAGAGUGAAGAUGAAGAUGAAUCAGCUGAUGGAGACCGCUGUGGAGGAUCACAAGCAGACAGCCUCUUAGCUCCACUAUCGGACAGUGACGACACAACAUCACACUCUCCUGGCACUGACGAUGAAGGCUCGAAAGCGGAUAAUACACGUCGCACUGACAGCACAUGCUUGAAAUGUUCUCAGUGUGACAAAACGUUCAGCACCAAAUCAAAUCUGAACGUACACAUGAGGAUCCAUACAGGGGAGAAACCUUAUGUCUGCUCAGUUUGUGGCAAAAGAUUCUCUCAAAAGGCCCAAUUUGAAACACACACAAGAACACACACUGGGGAGAAGCCUUUUAGCUGCUCAGUCUGUGGUAAAAAAUUUACUCGAAAUGAACGUUUGACAAUACACACAAGAAUACACACCGGGGAGAGACCAUUUUGCUGUUCGAUAUGUGGUAAAACAUUCUGCGACAAAGGUAGUCUGAUUAAACACACGAGGACACACACCGGGGAGAAACCUUUCACCUGCUCAGUCUGCGCCACAAGUUUUAAGAAUUAUUCAGCGCUGUCCAAGCACAAAAGAAUUCACACCGGAGAGAAGUCUUUUAGCUGCACAGUUUGUGGUAAAAGGUUUGCUCAUAAUGAAAGUUUGACAACGCAUACAAGAAUACACACGAGGGAGAGACCAUUUCCCUGUUCAAUUUGUGGUAAAACAUUCUCUGUUAAAUGCAAUCUGAUAAAACACACAAGAACACACACAGGAGAGAGACCAUUUUCCUGUACAAUCUGUGGUAAAGCAUUCUCUGUUAAAUGUAACUUGGUCACACACACAAGAACACAUUGUUGAUGGACCAUCCAGCCCCCAAGCCACGUAUUUGCGGACCUAGAGCUUACCGUGCAACUCCUAUACGUUUUCUUCUCUCGUCUACCCUCGUUGUACCUUUGGAUGGCUAAAAGCCGACAGUUUUCAAAUAGUAUCUCACGUACACAAAGUCUACCAUUAUACUAUGUGGUGGGCCAAUGAUACUUAUGGCUAUUUUUAGCAUAUUGGUGAGUGAAGUGUUUUAUUUUGGAGAGCAGGAAGUGUUUCAGGGCUGAUGCUGUGUCUUUGCUUUCCUCAAGUACUGUAAUUUUACAGAGCAUGUAUGCUUUACUUGACUAGUACACACAAUAGUAGCUGUAAGCUAUUUGUAAUGAUUAGCUGUCAGGAAGAUUGGAGAUAUAUCAGACUUUUUUCCUUCAAAAUAAA